CUUCCCAGAAACCAAACUUCAUUAAUUGUUUGUACAUAUAAUAUCAAUACUUCUGAUCUCCUUCGUCUCGUUCCGGUGAUCCUCCCAUCUCUUCGUGAUUAACAGUCGUAUCAGAAGUCAAAAGCAUAUGGGAUUUUUGCACAAGCUCUGGGACGAAACACUUGCCGGGCCUAUGCCGGACACCGGCCUCUCUAAGCUCCGCAAGUACAACUCGUUCUCCGGCACACGACAGGCGCCGUCGCCGGCGCCGGCGACUGAUCCUCCCCAGAUAGCCGUGACGGCGGAUUGUGGUCAUGAUCAUCAGGUGCAGGUUACUCGGAGCAUCACCAUUCUCAGGACUAAUCCAAACCCUCUCGUCAGGAGCUUAUCCGUUGAUGUCGCGGGUUCCGAGCCCGAUUCUCCUUCCUCGUGCUCCACGCCGCGGACGCCGGUAACUCCCGGAACGCUAGCAGAGAAUAAUUUGAAGAGACCAUGGACAAGGACAAAAUCAGUAGGCGUCUCCGCCACAGAGCGCGGCUCUGAACAGAGAAGUCCGACCGUUUACGAUUGGAUAGUGAUUAGUGCUUUGGAUCAUUGAGAGAGAUAAUCAAAGUGACGAUCGAUUUUGUUUCGAAGCAUGAUCAUCAUCGCCAUCGCCAACGCCACUGAUUUGAAUCUAUAUAUA